CCCUUCGGCUUUUCGCGUAGGGGGCCCCUUUACGCGAUUUUUUUAGCUGCUAUAGGAUUACUGCAGCGGCAGCUCUACAAUAGAAGGAGCGUAUACUCAAAUUAUGCAUAACAAUAUUAUAAUCUUUAUGCGAAAGUUUGGCCUUGCAUACAUCAAUUGGAACGGUAAUUUCAUGGAACGGUGACUGGUAGCAGAUUGCAUUAAAACAUAAUAAUGGCUUUCUCGUUUGGCUCAACCGCCCCAGCAGCCACCCCAUUCACUGGGGGACUGUUUGGAGCGCCCGCAGCGAGCUCUGCAUCUGCUUUUGGCACUAGCACCGUCCCUGCGUUUGGGGCUGCCUCUGCGCCUGCGUUUGGCGCAAGCUCGGCACCAGCAUUUGGAGCAAGCUCAGCACCGGCUUUUGGGGCUUCCACAGCGCCUGCCUUUGGGUCCGCAACGCCUUUUGGAGCGCCUGCAGCGGGUUCUACGUCUCCAAGCUUAUUUGGAUCGACGACUACAGGGUUUGGAACUACAAAUCUCUUCGGGCAGCCGGCUUCGGCGCCCGUUACUUCAACUGCGUUGGUUCCAGCUGGGGGCCUUUUUGGCGCGCAGCCGCAGCAGCAAGCACAGCAGCUGCAACAACCUAGACCGGGGCUAAAUUACAAAACUAAGUUUGAGGAGUUGCCACCGCAAAUACAGCAGGAACUGCAAAAAAUCCAGCAGCAGAUCAGCUCUUACCGUGAUGAAUGCAAGGCGCUGGACAACGAUGCCCGGCUGUACGACACUGUCAGCAUAAAGCAGGACUUGGACUCGGAGACCGCGGCUUUGCGGCAGACGCUCCAGAGCUUGUAUCAAGCUGUGUUGGCGGAGGAUGAGGGGCUGCUGGCGUUCAGAGAGCGCGUCAUGGUGUUGCUGCGCAGCACCGAGACGGCCAUCCGCCUCUACCAGCGGUCCAAAUUGUGGAGGGAGAUCUCCCAGGUGCCGGGCCCCGGCAGCGGCCAGCAGCAGCUGCUGCUCACCCAGGCAGUUCAGGACCAGAUGUCGCAGCCGGUGCAGCUGCCCAACCCCUACCUAGGCCUGGCGGUCCGGGGCUUCAGUGCAGCCAUUGAGCAGUACCAUAGCUGCAUCUCGGAGCUGGAGCGCGUCAUGCAGGCCUCGGCAGUUGGGUACGGCGGCACUGACGAGGCAACCGCCAUCCUAAACCUGCCAACGCUGGUGUCACACAUGCACAAUUACUUUGUACACGUGGCAGCGAGGAUGGAGCGGCUUCACGGCGAGGUGGCACGUGCUCGGGAGGCCUACCUGGCGCAGCAACGAGCUCGAGGCGACUACUCCAACCCCUUUGCGGAGGCCCGGCCCCUGCACCACAUACCCGCGGGACCAGGCAAACUGGCAGCUGCCUUGGGCGGCUCCGGGGCAGCCAGUAGCAACUUUUACAGCUUCGGUGGUCCGGCCGGGGGCGGCGGCAUGGGGCCCGGUGGCGGCGGCAUCAUGGGGCCCGGUGGCGGCGGCGGCGGCGGCGGUGGUGGCAUGUUUGGCGGCGGCGGCAGCACGGCACCUGCACCCGCACCUGCACCGAUGCCGUCGUUGGGUGCUCCCGGAGGAAACACCGCGAGCGGGGGCGGUGGACUCUUUGGCGGUCUUAACCCCGUGGCAUUCGGCUCUAGCGCCAGCCCCUUCGAUAGGUACAGGUAA